UGCAGAUACUCCUAUCAUUAAUUGAAUAUGAUUGAACAGAUUUAUUAUGGAAUUAGCACCUGGUGAUUAGUGGUAUCCAAGAUGCUCUUCAAAGCGGUCUUCUUAAUCGUGGGCUUAAGCCAGGUUCUGGCGCUGCCCACGGAGCCGGAGUACACCAAAGUGGACUUCAUUGAAAAUGUCCUCAAAGUCGAAGCUGGCUCCGAACUUGACGCUGAAACGUCAAUGUCGCGCAUCGUAUCAGGCUGGCAAGCGUACCCCGGCCAGCAUCCUCACCAGAUCUACCUCCGCAUGGUCAACGCUGCUGGUACCAUGAGCGCGUGCGGUGGGUCCGUGGUGCAUAAGAACUGGUUCAUUACCGCAGCGCAUUGCACGGCACAACGAGUGCGACUCUUGGUCCGCGCCGGUCUCGUCCACAUCUCGCAGCCACAAUAUGACUCGGAGACGACGGUGUGGUACAACUAUCCCACCUUCAUAGACGAGUUGGCGGCUGUCGUCCAGCCUAAUGACAUUGCUAUCGCUCACGUCGACGAGCCUUUCACUUUCAGCCAUCUGCUGCAGCCCAUCAAGAUGCAGUCAUCAGCUGAUGCGUACAGGGACUACUCCAACCAGCAGGUCAUGGCUAGCGGCUUUGGACGUGUUUGGACAGGAGGUGCCACCGCCGAGAACCUGCAGUGGGUGUACCUGACCGGGGUAUCGAACGCGCUAUGCUUCUCCACCUUCGGCACUAUCGUCACUGACACCACCAUCUGCGCGAGGUUCUUCAAUGUCACCUCACAGUCAACCUGCCAGGGUGACAGUGGCGGGCCCCUCGUCAACGUGGAUGACGACGGCGUCCCAAUCCUUAUCGGAGUAGCAGCGUUCGUGGCUGGUGGUGACUCGGGGUGCCACGCCGGUCAUCCUGCAGGUUUCACUCGCCUUGGACCCUUCCACAGCUGGUUUACAGAGAAAACUGGCAUUGACUUCGAUAACCUAGAAGAAGAUACUGAAGCCCCAACUGAACCACCAACUGAGCGCCCAACUGAACCGCCAACUGAACCACCAACUGAAGCACCUACUGAGCCACCAACUGAGCCGCCAACUGAGACCCCAACUGAGCCACCAGUGACUGAAUCCCCAGAUUCCAAUGAGUCCGGAGAAGAUGAAUCAACGGAAGCCCCAGAACCGGAAGAGGACAGUUCGGAGGAGAAGGAUUCCGAUGAAUCUGAUUCUGAUGACUGUGAAUUGUCUGAGUUGAUGAAGAAAUUGGAAGUCAAAGUCAACGUUAAAGUUAAACUUAACAAGUAUGGAAGGAAAAAGAAAGUUCACAUUAAAAAAUAAAUUUGUAACAUUUAUUUAAGGUUAGAUGGGUUAGAAAAAAGUGAGGUAAGCGAAACACUUGAAGGGAAUCCUCAUACUGUUUCUCUUGCCUCGAUCAAAAUAAACUACUUUUAGGUAGCUCUUACCUCACAUAUCCUUAUACAACUAAGCCAUUUAGUAUGAAGUCUGCAAUUUGUAUAUUUUUACAUUUAAAUAAAUAGUUGAGCAAAUUA